GCAGCAAAACAAAAAGCAGCACAGUUUGAAACUCACAAUUAAUGUACGCAGGUGAAACGGAAUGCAGUGAAACUUUGUGAAACGUUUCUCCAUGAUGUGUCGUGCAAGUCCUAAUCUACGGCAGCCGCCUUCUCUAGCACUGGAACGAGUCUUCUAAGCUCGACAGUUGCACGGUUUUGUUUCAGUGAUACUGCCAGAAGAAGACAACGAAGAAGACGGUCGGUUUUGAUCUGCAGUAAGUGACCUGCGUGUGCCGCGUCGCUGUUCCCGUCCCCGUUUGCAUAACAUUACUGCGUACGCGCGUGUGAGCAGCGCACUGCCGUCGUCUUCGGUCGUCCGAAUCAAGUGUUCAUCGGCUAGCACGCAUCGUUUAAUGUUGUGUUUUUCACCCGUUUGACCAGUUCGAGUGCGUCCGUCCGAGCCGAGUUUUGGUUUGUGAAGCUGAAUCCAUCGAGAUGGUGGUCAGUGUUGUGCUGUCAGAGGAGCGCGGCCAUCGUCACUGCCGCGGAUGAAUGGUGAUCGUGCGCUUUACUACACGAUCGAGAAGAAAGUUACGUCGUGAUACUUUGUCCGCCUGUGUCUGUUUGUUUGAUAAAUUUAGAGAAAUCGAUCGCGGCACCGGCAGUAAGUUUUUGUCCUUAAAGUGGACCCAAGCGAAAGGUGGCCGAAAGCAGAGAGGCAGGCGCACCAAAGUGCUUCCGUGUGCGUCCAGCAGUUCUGAUGAUCAAGCAGUUUGAAGGGAACGAAAAUACAGUUCGCACUCAAGCGGAAAAAGAAGCUAAAGUGUAAAGUGUGGUGCCUCUUUCUCUGACGUCCGAGUGUGUGUCCCUUUUGCAAUCGGCCGUAAAGCUUUAAUAGAAAAAAGAAGCACAGUGCAUCCACAUCGGCGGCCAGCAACCAGCCAGCCAGUUCGAGCCUGUCUGCGUGUCACUCCGAUCGAAGGUGGCGUUUGUGGCAUUUUCGGCAUUGUGAAAUUAUUCCUAUCGCCAACAUAGUCCGUUGGUGCUGUAGUCGUCGUCGUCGUCGUCGUCGCAGUCGGGGAGCCAUAGCGGUCGCGCUCAAAUGCUGUCGAUGUUGAAAGUGAAGCAAAAAUGAAGUGUAAAUGCAAUACCGCUGCAAUCGCUGUCGUGUCAAAAGUGGGCAAACCCAUCCAAAUAGCUUCGUUGUCGUCGUCAUCAUCAUCAUCAUCAUCAUCAUCAACCCUGCGCGCCGGUAUAGGCAGCUCAAAGAAAGCGCAUAGGUGGUGCGUGCGGUAGCGACCGACCAAUGCUCUGUGGUUCAUUUAUUUCCGUACUUCCUACGCGCGCUGCACAUGCACACACAGCACAUCGGUCAGCGGAUUCUGUUUUGUGUUAGUGUGAGUUGCUGCACCAGUAGAAUACCAAUCCGUUAGUUCAAGCGGUCCCCGCUGCAGAGGUGCGAUUAGUUUUAAUUAGUUACGAAUUUAGGGUGAUUCGUCAAGCCAAAAUUUACGACGAUAGUGGUGCAACUUAUUGCAACGGAAUAGAAGCAUUCUAAGCCUGCAACGCCAACACGCAGCCAUUUGCAGUGAAUUUAGUUGUGGAAGGUUGUAAAAGUACGCGCGUGCGCGCAUAACCGUCCCAUCAUCGUCAUCGUUUUUAUUACGGCCCGACCGUCCGAUCACUUUCUGCGUCAACUGUCGCCGUGGGUGUGCAGGAGCAGGCCGAAGCUUACGUUCAACCAGUCCGCCAGACUAGGAACGGGAAGCAAAGUUCUGACUGCGACUGAGUGAGCAAUCCAGUGAUCGUGCACGCAGUGUUUAGCACAAGGGUUAACAAACAAACGCCGCAAAGUGGUGACAAAAUAUCUACUGCAAAGUAAGUACAGUAACAUAGCAACCGGGCGACAAUCGACCAUUCAAGAUGCCUUUCGGACUGAAGCUGAAAAAAUCCCGCCACUACAAUGUCAUGUCCAAGAGCCUGUUCGUCAUAUCCGUCGAUCAUCUAGAUUCGUCAACCAAAAUCGAUUGUACGCUCAGCUCGGAAAGCACUGGCCAGGAGUGUUUGGAUAAUGUGUGCCAAAGAAUCUCGAUCCAGCAGCCAGAGUUCUUUGGCCUUCGCUAUGUGGUCAAAGGUACGACCGACGAGAUGCGAUGGGUCGACCUAGAGCGUCCGCUCAGCCGCCAGCUGGAGAAAUAUUCCGCCAACUCGAAGGUGCUACAUCUGCGCGUGAUGUACUACGUACUAUCGGGCGUCAGUUUGAUACAGGACGAGGGCACACGGAACUACUACUUCCUGCAGCUGAAGCACGACGUGGUGGAAGGGCGCAUCAGCUGUGAUCCGCGACAAGCGGUCAUACUGGCCAACUAUAGCCGGCAAGCCGAGUACGGCAAUCAUCAGGAUCGCCAUACGGUCGAGUACCUGAAGACGUUACUCUCCUUCCCGCAGGAAAUGGUCCAUGCCAACCUGCUCGAGGCGCUCACCGAGCAGGUAAUUCAGCAGGCCCACGAGCUGCACAACGUGACGCAAGGUGAGGCGGAAAGUCUGUACAUAUCCGCCUGCCAGCAGCUCGAUGGGUACGGGCAGGAAACGUUCACGGCAAAGAACGACACCGGACUGGAGGUAAUGCUAGGAAUCUCAGUGUCAGGCAUCAUUGUGGCUAGUGACACAAACAAGUUCUACCCCUGGCGCGACAUUACGAACGUGGUCAACCACAAGCGUGCGUUCAACAUCGAGUGUACGGUGCCACGAGAAAGUGCUGGGUUCACGGUGACGGAUGUGGCAACGGGUCGGUACAUCUGGAAGCUCUGUGCGUUGCAGCAUCGGUUCUAUGUUACGUACGAGCAGAACCUAACGCAGGCGAGCCAAAUGAACUUGAAUCUGUUCCAAAACAUGGGCGACAAUUUAAACGACAGUCGAGACGAUCUGUUAAGCGAACAGCAAUAUAUACACGCGCAGCAGCAACAGCAACAACAACAGCAGCAACAACAACAGCAGCAUCAGCCUAGUCCAUCGCCGGGAGGAUCACAACCUCCGUACCAGGGCCCGAUGGGAACGACGAGUUGGCCCAGCACGCACGAGCUUGCAUCGCAUUCGUCGAACAUGUGGAGCAGUGGAGCACACCAACAUCAUGCUAUAGUAGAUACACAGCCAGGUGGAGGAGGAGGACCGAGCGGGCCUGGUGUGCAUCUAUCCUCCAGCAAUAUUGCGAUUGCGACUGGUGCCGGCGGAAGCAUUACUAAUCUCAACAACCUCAACCCGGCAAACAUGAUGCAAUCGUCCCGCUCCUCAGGGCUCGAUAUUAAUCUAAACUCGACUUCCACCACCGCGGUGCCAUUGGAGUAUUCGAACCAAAUGGGUUCCAGCUGGGGUCUGAAUCCUGUCGGCUCGAAUGCGUCACUCAUCAACCGGGCACAAAGUUCGUCCUGUUUGGAUCUAAGCAACAACAACUUGACCCCAGACCGGGACCGGCUAAAAGCACUUCUGCCAACCUAUCGACCAGCGCCAGACUACGAGACGGCCAUCCAGCAAAAGUACCGUUCGAGCAGUAACGAUGUGCGGCUUGUCAAUGGGAGUCUGCUGCAUCUGUCCGCCUCCCAGAUGCUUCUAGCACAGGAGCAACAACAUCAGCAGCAAGUUGCAUCGGCCGGACAUCAUCUCGAGUACGGGAUUACGGGCAGCCAGCCAGACGUGUCCUUCUAUGGGCAGCAUUUGCAGCAACAGCAGCAGCAGCAGCAGCAGCAGCAGCAGCAGCAGCAACAACAAUCUGCCGCCCAGCAGGUGCAUCAGCAACCCUAUCCGGACGUAACGCACCACACAACGACCCAUAUCAUCGGUCCGCAUUACUCCGAUGCGUCCGAUUACGGGUUAACACAUCGAUUUAAAAUGAUGCGACUAGUGAAACCACCUCCCCCCUAUCCUGCAAAUCGACUCAGCUCAACAUCGACCCCCGAUUUGGCGUCCCAUCGGGCACUGCUCGGUUUGCGAAGUGCACAGGUGUCUGGCUCUAGUCCGGAUCUGGUCUCAACCCGCCCGCUGAUGAACCACCACCAUCAUGCGGCGCAUCUUCCACAGCAUCAGCUGCAGAUUGCGCAUCUUUCACAAAGCGGUGGACAGGUUUGCUAUCCCGGGCUGACAGCUGCCGGCAAUCCUCACGCACAGUUGCACCAUUCACAGACGAUGCUGCCACACGGCACGUACGAAAAUCUGAACUUCAUGGAGAAUCUAACAUCAACGAAAGCUGGCCUAAUAUCGGCGGCGAAUCAAGCCGCCCCGGGCAAUGUGUACUACUACGUGCCGGGUGGAAUGGAGCAUCUGUUGCUUGCGGGUGGCAACACACCGGCUAGCGAUAGCAACAGUCCGUCCUACCAUGCUACUGCCAACGGUCACAUCGGCUUAACGGCCAAAGCUCACCUGAACCGCUCAUCUCAACACAUUAACGGUUCGAUCGAACCGAUUUACGAAAAUGUGCCACUGCCGUGGAAGGAUGACAAUGAAUCGCUUGGGGAGAUACGCAACCGAACAGCAAGCGUGCAGUCGGCACCAAGUGUACAGCAUCAGCCUACGAUGCGACCGAUGCCUCCAACGCCACCGCAACCCCAAACGCCAACCGGCACUAGCGCUCCGGUGAACGUUUUGGAUGGUGGAUCGUUUAAUUUUCAAGCACAGACAUCGCAACAACAGCAGCAACAGCUACAACAUAACCAGACCAAACAGCAACAGCAACACCAACUGCAACAGGAACAGUCGACAGGACGACAACCACUGUUACAGCAACGGGCUUCUGAAGUGGGUAGUUCAAACACAGCAGUGGGUCCACCUGCUCCAUCCAACGCUGAAGUGCCAAAACACCAAACCUCCAACGAUCCGGCAACUGCAAACCCGAAGCUGAACAGUUCCUCCACCGCAAUAACAGCUGCGCCAUCGACUGUAACAAUCGCCACGAACAAGGAACCACCGGUGGCCAUGAAUCGAUCACAUUCGUCAAACAAUGUCCUCGAUGCUUCCCAAUACUCCAACUACACGCUGAAUGAAACCGUCCAGAGUGGUAGCGCGCGCAAUGGUGGUCACAAUGAUUCCGGUAUCAGCUCGAUCACGGGAUCGACACAUCUCGGUGGUAUUGGGGGCAGCACUACUAGCCGCAAUACCACCCAAAACAGCAGCUCAACCAACAACAAUAACAACAACACGUCCACAUCGUCCUCUUCCGUGAAGGAAACAAAACGAAAGCGCAUAUGGGAAAUUCUUGGCGGUCGGUCGAAAAACUCGGCCGACAAGCAGAAAAGUGCCACGCUUGGUCGGGAGAAGGAUCGCAAAAAGAAGGGCUCGGUCGACCCCGGCACGGAGGGUGGCGGGAGCGGUGGAAGUGCCAACUCUUCCAUGAACGAGGGCGCAAACGCAGGACAGCUGCGACACCGUUGGUCCACGGGCUUGCCACGACUGCAGCCACUGCCGGCGAAUAUCAGCAAGGAGAAGUUGUGCUCUUUGCUUGAGUCCAAACUGGCAGAUCCUCAGCUGUACUGCGAGUUUGAGCGUAUACCGAAACGUAGCGACAGUGCCAGCUAUAACUGUGCCUUAGCGGAAGACAAUAAAAACAAGAACUUUGAUUCAACGUUUCUACCAUACGAUAAUAAUCGCGUACGGCUAACACCGACACGGGACAAUCGCAUGGGAUAUGUAAAUGCGUCCCACAUAACUAGCACUGUUGGCAACAAGCAAAGAUUUUACAUUGUUGCCGAAAGCCCGAACGACACGCUGACGACAAACAUUUUCUGGCAGUGUGUCUGGGAAGCGGACGUCUAUCUGUUGGUGCAACUAUCCAAAGAGCUUAACUACAUCCCACAAACCAGCGAACGGUGUUUGGAGUAUGGACAGUACCAAGUGUGGCGCGAGUUCUCGCAAGAAACCGAUCGGUGUACAACGAGCAAAUUGCGCGUAUACCACACGCAAAGCCGGCGAUAUCGUUCAGUUUGGCAUAUAUCCUACACGGAGUGGGCCGAUCAGAACUGUCCGGGAGAUGUGGGACAUUUUUUGGGAUUCCUGGAAGAGUUGAAUUCAGUACGGCUGGCGUCUAUUGCGGAAGUGCCACCAUCGCACAAUACCAAUCCACCAGUUCUCAUACACUGUAACGAAGGGGGCGGUCGUACGGGCGUGACCUUAGUGGCAGAUUUGCUACUUUACACACUGGAUCAUAAUCAGGAUAUAGAUAUACCACGAUUGAUAGGUCAGAUUCGUCAACAGCGGGACAACAUCAUACCAUCAUUAGCGCAGUACAAAUUCAUCCAUGCACUGCUCAUACACUACUUGAAACAAAACAGACUGAUUUAAGGCUAAUCGGGCGCGGAACACACUGUUGGGUGCUAAAUGCUGUAGGCGAAUUUUUUACUUCUUCUGGCCACAUGCAUGAUCUUUGUAUGGAAGGAGUCACGAUCAUCAUGCGACACUAAAUCCAAGAAACAAAACGUGCCUUUGUAAGCAAGAGCAAGAAUUGGUGAUACAGUGAAAUUGUUCGUUAAAGCAACGACUGAUGAUCGGUUAACUACCAAUGAACGUGCCUGAUCGUACAAGAAGGAAUAACGGAUUUACAUGAAAAAAAACCAUACGAUCAACGUGAGAUUUAGUAUUAAUUUAGACGAAAAUAAUGUAUUAUUUGAUCUUUUCUUUUACCCUUUGUAACACGCUAAUAACGAAAGACCUGCGUGUUAAUACGUGGAAUGAUGAUGCGUUUUAGCCUAGCUAGUAUUCAAAAACCUAUUAAUGCAACAAUUACAGUGUGAGGUUACAAAAUGGAAUUAAUUAAACACACUGCUCAACACAGCCAUCGUGCUGCAUCGUGCGUUGUUGAGGCGAAACAGUUAAGUUGUAAGUGCAACCACCAGUAUAAAGAGCUGCUUUUCGGCAAAUGAUAUGGAAUUGUGCUAAAUUAGUAAUGUUUUUUUUUUUAACUAACUCGUUUACCCGUUAAUGGUGGAAUGUUUGCAGGUGCGUAGAUUAAUUUUAUUUUAAAUGUGCAAAUGGAGAAAACAGGAUAACGCAAAAGUAUUUCCUUCGCUGUAGUAAUAGGCUAUUAUUUAUGUACGUCUUUAUGUGACCCGCUAGUGUUGGCUGUAUUUUAUAUCUGUAGGUAAAUGACGCGCUAUGUAUUGUAAUAAAAUUGGACAAACAUUUGAA